UCCGAGUUUUUGUUGUAAAAGCACAUUUUGGACUUAAAACAAACGAAACAUAACUUAUCUCGUCGGUACUGUUAUUAAAGACCAAUAAGAAAUUAUUUGUGCGCAGUACUUCGUUGAAGUUAAGGCGUAAAACCGUAACACUAUAAGGUCACGUGUCUAUCGGUCGAUUCAAGUCAAAACCGUGUGACCGUGUCGUCAGUGUUUUGUUGAUGGUAAUGACCUGUGGUAGUGAUGGUUAUCAUUUCUGGUUGUGCACGAAUUUGCGUUAGGUCUGUCACCACCACGGGAGCAGUGAAGAUGCCUAAGGCCAAGAAGGACAAGGGCAAAGUGGAAGAUUCGAAGCCCAAGGCGUCUGCUCAACAAAACGAUCCUGUGUACACAACCUCUUCGGGGACUGUGGCCAUCAGAGUACACGCAAAGCCAGGAGCGUCUGAGAGCAGGAUUACGGAUAUUGGAACGGAUGGUGUAGGCGUCCAGAUUGCGGCGCCUCCAAUGGACGGAGAAGCCAACGCAGAACUUGUGCGAUUCCUGGCAAAAGUGCUGAACCUUCGAAAGAGCGACGUCUCACUAGAAAAGGGGUCGCGCUCGAAAGACAAAGUGGUGAUGAUUGCCUCGCCAGCAACAGCAGCUGAGAUCUUGUCUUUACUUCAACAAAAAGUGGGCAGCUGACAUCUACGACACUUUUAGGAGCUCUCUCGUUUAUAAUAAAUUACCCUGUCGAUUC